AUGAUCUCGGCUCCGGCCUCUAUGAUCUCGGUUGCCGAGCAGCGACAGGACUCUCCUCGCGGGCUGCGGCUACAGGAGCAGAGCAGCUCCGACCCUCACAUUUGGCUCUCUCGCUGCGGGACCCUGAGCUUUGCAAAAGGGGAAGUCGAGGGUGAAGCUGCGGUCAUGGCUCCGGCGGUCAGCCUGGCCCGGCCAGCGGCGGCGGUGGCUCAGACUGUGGUCCCCUAUGUGAGGGGACCCGAGGACCGGCAUUUCUUCACCAGUUUCCAGGAGCAGGAUAAUGUCGCGUUCGCCCGUUGGAACCCGGACAUGUCGGCUCCGGACGAGUUUUACCCGCUAGCUCCGCACCGACAUGAGGUGCAGCUGCUGGACGUCAGCUCCGGCUUCAAGAGCCCGGGAGCCAGCGCCGAGACCGGCACCAAGAGGAUCCCCAACUUUGCGUUUUACAGAGAGGCCGGCGGGGAGUGCAGAGCCCACACCGCCAUUCCCGUCAGCUCCCUCCUCCAGCAGGAAUCCCACACCGCCCGCUGGAACUCCAGAUCCGUGUCGGCGGCGGCCGUCCGAGCCAGGGUGGGAGGUUGGACAAGUCCAGUCCGAGUGACACCAUCACCACAUUUAACUCCUGAUUCUUUCAAAACCCAUACUUUUAACUUCAAUGUGGAUCCUUCAGUUCAGACUUCAUAUGAUGCAACAUCUGAAAGUACGAGAGAUGCAACAGCAAGAAAAUAUAUGUACGCAACAACCACCCAAAGGAGUUAUGAGGAUGUUAACUGGGAUUGUAAGUUGGCACCAAAAAUCAAACCAGCAGAUACAACACAGGACAAAAUAGCCGACCCCAUGUCACGACAUGCUACUCUAAAACGAUAUGAUGCAAGCCCUCAUAUGUGGCAAGCUGUGAGUGGACAUGGAUACUGGGACAAAACUCAGUCUCGGCCCUUCAGUGCUGCAGCUAAACCAAUCAACUUUACAAGUCUUUUUCCCAGAAUUCAUCAAAUUCCACUGUAUAGUGGCUCUGUUGGUGGGAAUAAUCUAGAGGAUGUAGAUAACCCUUACACUGAAUUUAACCCCUACACUGUACCUCGAACGGAAAAGCCACGACACACAGAUACAACUCAUUGCCCAAAUAUACCUGGUUAUACAGGUAAAAGACAAUGGACUGGUACUGAAACUAAUAAAGCUAACUUUUCAAGACUGUUCCAUCCACCUGCAGAACGAGUAUGUGGAAUUCCACAUGGCUCUGAAAAGCAGUCAAAAUAUAGGCAUCAAUCACCCUUUUCUAAGAUGAUCACAACAGUUUCACCUUACAACCCCUUUAAUACGAAAACAUCCAAAGCAAUUCUUUUAUAA